GCCAUAUUGAUUUUUACAAGACAAGAGUGUCCAAUGAAAAUGACGUUUACGCGUAUAGCCCUUAGCUUUCGUUGACAGAACCAAUGAAAACCAUGCUUUAAAAGUAAAUAGAAAUGUCUUCAGAAGUUGAGUGGGAUAUUCAAGUGUUCGCAGUUUAUAGUCGAAUUUUUGUAAUCUUGCUACAGAUUGUGUUCAAUGCUGUUAUUCCUGACCAUGAUGCCAAAGUGUUCAGUCCACCUCCAGCACUGAAGAGCAGAACAUCUCUUGACCAUGCAGUCGAAUUUCUACUGGGUGGCUUCCGUCGCUGGGAUGGUGUUUACUUCAUCCACAUUGCUGAAUAUGGCUACACCUAUGAAAACACAGUAGCUUUCUUCCCUCUUUUUCCAUCAGUAGUAGGGAAACUGACUGAAGUAAUUUCAAUAUUUUCAGACCCAUACCUUGUAAGAAGAAAUGUUGCACUCGUAAUAGCAGUGACAGUGAAUUUUUUCUUAUUUGUUAAAACAGCAAAGGUUUUAUACCACUUGGGUGUGUUUGUGUUGAAAGACAGAAAUUUGGCUUACAAGUCAGCCAUGUUGUUCUGUGUAAAUUCUGGCAGUAUAUUUUUCUCGGCUACUUAUUCAGAAGCAAUCUAUACAUUUAUCUUAUUCAAUGGCAUGCUGUAUGCAUCCAGAGGAAAACACCUGAUCGCCUCAACUUUGUUUGGGCUAGCUGCUGCUGCAAGGUCAAAUGGAGUUGUGGCCCUUGGAUUUGUUGCUCAUGCAGUUGGACAGUCAGUUUUGAAAGAUAUAUAUGUUACAUACCACUCCAAAAUAUCUGGAAUUGCUAGAGAUUUCAGAUUGGUUACCAUAGUUAUUAAAGAGUUUAUCCAGUCAAUGUUCUAUUUAUUUUUAUGUUUACUUCCAAUAGCAGUUUAUCAGUAUUACAUCUAUGAUCUCUUUUGUGUUAGUCAAGCACCAGCUUCUGCUUCCCACAUAGUUGAAUAUGGACGGUCACAGAACUAUGUCAUCUUAGGUGACGAACCUUCAGAAUGGUGUAACUACUCUCUUCCUUUGUCCUACAAUUACAUACAGAGCAAGCACUGGGACGUUGGAUUUUUUAACUAUUAUCAGUUUAAACAGAUUCCUAACUUUAUUCUUGCUGCACCAAUAAUUUUUCUUAGUGUGAGUGCAUGUGCAUGCUACUACAGACUGAACAAGCAUUUGUGUCUCAGACUUGGGUUUCUGUUCGAUGUUGAUUUAAAGAAGACUGAUAAACGAGACGAUGUGAUUGGUUACCCCAGCACCAGAUUGUUCCCGUUUAUUGUCCAUCUUCUGGCUCUCACAGUCUUUGGAUGUCUCUUCAUUCACAUACAGAUUCUAACCCGUCUUCUCUGCUCGUCUUCGCCUGUUAUCUACUGGUACGCAGCUCACUGCACGAGAAGGAAACUUCAUCCUGAAUCAAAUCAUUCCAAGGCAGAAGAAAGAAAAUAUUUAACAGCUAGUGAAGCUUUAUCUCACAGAAAUAAUGUUGUACUGGAUGAUAUUUAUUGUUGGAAGGAUCUGAACAUUAAUUCCAAAUUAAUUUAUACCUAUUUUUUUUCUUAUCUUGUUAUUGGGACAGUGGCUUUUUCAAAUUUUUUACCUUGGACUUGAUUAGUUACAUAUAUUAAAGAUAUUAUGACGAAAAUGCUUCCUUUUCUGCUUAUAUCCAGUGGCAGUUCAAGAAUGCUAUCCUGGCACUAAAAGCGUGGCUGUCUGUGCAGUCCAACCAGGUUAUUGGAUUAGUGAUAGUGAUAAAACUCAGACAUUUAACAGCAAAGGAUCUUCUCUGAAUAUUUGGUAUCAUCAGUGUUUUUAUAAUGAUUCGUGAGUGCAUGCCAUUACAACUGUAAAAAAUUUUCAAAGAGCUCUGUCUUGUGCAGGAAUAUGCCUCAUUUUAUACACCAUAAGUUACAUUUUAACUGCAUAAAUUAAUAGUGUUUAUUACCCCAGCAAGCACUCAUAACGGGGAAAAUAAAAAUAAUAAUUUCUCACUGAGAAAUUAUCAUACAU